AUGGAAAUUAUUUCAUCCAAGCGAUUCAAUUUAUUGACUUUUGCCACUUUAAGCUUAUUGACAUCAAACAUCUUUUGUGCAGAUGAUUUAAUGAUAACCAAUCCUCACAGCAAAGAAAAUUAUGACAAAUAUUUUGAGCCUAGAGGAGACGCCAAAGGGGAAAAGGAAAGAGGCCUCAAUUCUGAAGAAUUAAAAGACUGGGAACCAAAAAACAUCAUUAAGAUGACUACACCUGCAGUCAACAAAAUGCUACGCUCAGUCACCUACUUGCCCCUGAGAUUUGGGAGGACCACGGAAGAACAAAGUCCUGCACCAAUGGCCAACUUGCCCCUGAGACUUGGAAGAAAUAUGGGGGGAAGCAUCCUGAGACGUGUUCCUAAUCUGCCCCAAAGGUUUGGGAGAAUGGUAGCGGCCAAUAGUGUCACUCAGGCAUUGAGUGAUUUAAUCCAACAAUCCAUGGAUUCACCAUCCAUCAGUGAGUUACUUUCCUCCAUGACCUGCCAGUCCCAAGAAAUCCAGAAUCCUGGCCAAAAUCUCCCAAGGAGGCUGGGAUUCAAGAAAAUAGAUGAUGCAGAAUUGAAACAAGAAAAGUAA